AUGGAGGAAGAAAAAAUGCAAGAUGACUUCCGGACAUAUAAAGGUAAAUAUUUUCUCCUCCUCCUUAGCACUGUUAACAGCAGCGCAACCUUAAUUCUGUCGCAGUUAAGAAGAUUGACUGUGGCAAGGAAGUCUCUGGCUCAGAUCUCUAUUUGACACUAUUGUGCCUUGUCCAAUAGUUCAUUUAUGUAUUUAUGUAUUUGUUUGUUUGUUUGUUUGUUUGUUUGUUUGUUCUGUCUUGUGUUUUCCCCCCCUGUUUUCUGUGCUGCAAUAUAUGUGCUUGUCUAAUGCCACAAGGCAGAUUUAUUUUUCAGCCAACAGGCUUUCAAAGAUGCUUAUUAAGUCUAUGUUGAAAAUAUGCAAGGCAGGGCGGGAGAUGGGGUGUUAGACAAGAUGGAGUUAACAGGCCAAGAAAUAAUUGCUUUCACUAUUGUACUUUAGGGAGCUGAGCACUUCCUGGUUCCACAUAUAUUACUGGAAAUUGAGGUUUGCACAAAUAAUGUGAAUUAAAGCACUCUAGUCAACUUACUGCAACAAAUUCACUUUUUUUAAAAAAGAUUUUUUUACGGUUAGGAAAGUGACAGGUGGAAAUGCACUGAAAAAUGUGCCGUGAGCAAAUGGCUAAUGGGAAGACCUGCAAGCAAAUCCUUUGUCCCUCUUUUGUCACGGAACCUCCCUGCAAACAAAGGAUGCCUGCUAAAUAAAGACCUGUAGGCUUUGUAAUAGCAAAUCCGAAUGAAUGCUUAAGAAAAAGGCCAUCCAGAGGUUCUUUUAAUGUUCAGGCCAGGUUGCCGGGCACAGAAGCAGCUACGGAAAUCAGAGGUGGAGGGGCGAAAGUGACUCCAGGGGCCCUUCCAAGACUGCUGCUUUAUUGUGGGCAUGUUUGUUUCUUAACCCCACCAUAGUGCAAGAUUUAUUCUGCUUUAUUAGUUCAUAAUAAUAACCCCUCCCCCCACAAAACAACACAAGGCUGCAGCCGCACAGCAAGCAGCACAGCUGAUACUUCAAGAAAGUUCCAAGACAUCAUGCAAGUGCAGUAAGAUACUGUUGCACACCACCCCAGUCUCCAAGGGGUGCAAGAUUCCAGGGAUCCCAGGCACUUACCAGGGGCUUGUGUUUCCUUUUGGAAAUGAGGCGCAGCGGAGACUCUGGUGUCUUUAUGAUAUAUUGUUUAUUUACUCAUAUAUACAACCUGAGCCUACGAUGGAGGAGUUCACAGCAAGGGUCUUGUUUCUCCGGUAGCCACAACCUUGGAUUCCAACAGAAAUCAAUCAUUGCUCUGUCUCUCUCGCUCCCCAUUUGCUGUUUUGCUUCUAGCUCACAACAGAGCAACUCUCAACUCUCAGUUCAGGCUUUGUCCUUCCAACUAUCUCUGAGUUGAGUGAGGGGCCCCACCCAUUUGCCAUCUAGCACAGAUUAGAUUUAACACUUGCACCAUCCAGGGAUUACAGGGGCCUGGCACACUCAUCACAACGCGCUCACAAUGGGUGCAUAUCCUCAACUCAAAGCACUUGCUGGAAACUCUGUUGGAAUAAAGAUUCUUGCAUGAUUCCAGCAGUCAUGGAACAAUGGCUAUAUCUUUUUCUUCUUUUUCUUUUCUUUAUUUAAAGAAAGAAGUUACCUUAAUUUCACCCGGAGGCCGGUCUUCCACAUCUGCAUCCUGCUGAUGGUCUCUAUCCUGGGAGCUGCUGUUUUCUGCAUCGUGGCUCUUUCCAAAGGUACUUUGACCAUUUUCCUCUUUAUCGUUCAAAACAUUUCAUCUAUAAAGGACAUUGUUUCUUGGCUUUGUCUCCAUCAGAAACAAAGGGAGGUGUAUGUGUUGGUUUAUUAUUCUUUAAUAACUAUGAAUGAAUUUAUAUAUUUAUUUUAAAGAUUUCUAUGCUGCCCCUCAAUAUAAAUAUUUCUAGCACAACUGGCACAACAAUAAUCAGCCCUGCUCAUAAUGGCAUAGGGUGUGAAUCAAUCUGACUUAACUAGAUAGAAAAAUAACUAUCAAUACCCGCCUAAACAAAAAUGAGCAAAAUCACUAAAUGAAGGGAAGUGAAAGCUGAUUUGUGUUCAGUUGUAGUGCUGCCAACUUUUGGAAAUCUGACCAAGAGUCCUUGCCUCAGGGUCUCCAGGGAAGGGUAAAUGAAGUCUAAGGUAAAGGUAAGGUAAAGGUACCCCUGCCCGUACGGGCCAGUCGUGUCCAACUCUAGGGUUAUGCGCCCAUCUCACUUAAGAGGCCGGAGGCCAGCGCUGGCCAGAGUGACGAAGCUGCCCUGGCAAGCCAGCACCAGCGCAGCACACGGAACGCCGUUUACCUUCCCGCUAUAAAGCGGCACCUAUUUAUCUACUUCCACUUGGGGGUGCUUUCGAACUGCUAGGUGGGCAGGAGCUGGGACCGAAAGACGGGCGCUCACCCCGCUGCGGAGAUUCAAACCGCCGACCAUGCGAUCGGCAAGCCCUAGGCACUGAGGUUUUACUCACAGCGCCACCCGCGUCCCUGAAGUCUUUGUUGUUGUUGUUGUUUAGUCGUUUAGUCGUGUCCGACUCUUCAUGACCCCAUGGACCAGAGCACGCCAGGCACUUCUGUCCUCCACUGCCUCCCACAGUUUGAUCAAACUCAUGCUGGUAGCUUCAAGAACACCAUCCAACCAUCUCAUUCUCCGUCGUCCCCUUCUCCUUGUGCCCUCCAUCUUUCCCAACAUCAGGGUCUUUUCCAGGGAGUCUUCUCUUCUCAUGAGGUCUUCCAGCGUCAUAACUUUUAUAUGCCUGUUGUCUUUGUCCAUGGAGUUUUCUUGGCAGGGAUACUGGAGUGGCUUGCCGGUUCCUCCUCCAGGUGGAUCACGUUUGGUCAAAACUCUCCACUAUGACCUGUUCAUCUUGGGUGCCCUGCUCGGCAUAGUUCGUAGCUUCUCUGAGUUAUUCAAGCCCCUUCGCCACGGCAAGGCAGUGAUCCAUGAAGGGGCCCUGAAGUCUAGCAGGAGGCAAAAAUCCACUGCCAACAUUUACCACUCCAUUCACAGGUGAUGAUUUGAUGGGGGUCCUGUUUUGGCAAUUGGGGGAUUUUUAAGGGUUCAUGGAGACAGACUUGCCACUCGUGGGGGUGAGGAAGCAGCAGUCUGCCAUCAUCUGUCACUUUUCUCCCCACAAUGUCCCAGUACAACAUCCUUAUGAAGUGGGUAGCGUGUUGGCUGGCCCCCAUCCACCAACUCAGGGUCCCCAUAAGUUUCUGGACUACGUUUCCCAUUACCCUAGUGGUGGUCUGAGGGCCUCUGCUUGAAGUUAGAUUCUCCUGGUGAGAGAGCUGAAUCCCACAGGCAGGUUCUUUCCUGCUUUCCCUGAGGGCUUUUACCCCCUGAUGUAAGAGGGGCAGAGGUAGGGAUGGAAAGCCAGCGAAGUUGCCCAGACCGAAAAAGGGGGCAUAUUGCAUGCAGGUGGCACAUUAUUGAAGUUCUCUUACCUCCUGACAGUGGAAUUUGCUGCCAAGGAGUGUGGUGGAGUCUCCUUCUUUGGAGGUCUUUAAGCAGAGGCUUGACAACCAUAUGUCAGGAGUGCUCUGAUGGUGUUUCCUGCUUGGCAGGGGGUUGGACUCGAUGGCCCUUGUGGUCUCUUCCAAUUCUAUGAUUCUAUGAUUCUAUGACUUCCCAGGCCAGGAGGAGCAAGAUGGGUUUUCGUGCAUGUCUCCUGGUUAGACUGGUCAGUGAGGAAGGCCACACUCUCUUCUCUGAAGCAUCCACCCCAUCUCACCAAGUUGCUAAGCAACGGCCUGGGAAAGUAACUGUCCAUGUUCUGCUAGGCUGGAAAGGGAUGGUGAGAACAAGGAUGCUGUGGGGUGAACUUCUAGCUUGCGGUGCCAGAAAUGGGGCAGCAGGGGAGAAAUAUCCAGGAUCCUCAAGUGAAACUUUAUUGGAUGACCAGGAGCUGGAUCCCUAAGGCCUGGCUGGAGCUGAGAGCAGUGUAAGAGGAACCCAGACAACUCUUGCGUGAGGGAACCUUGGCUGGAAGAGUGGAGAGGCCCCAAAGGACAGAGCCGGGAGAGUCCAGGACCCACAGAGCAGAAGCAGACAUCUGGGAAGGAAAGGUGCCUCAUCGCAUGGUAGAUCCUGGCGGUGAAGCGGCCGAAGCACAACCGGCAAGGGUUCUGGUCUGUGUAGAGGCCCAUAAAAGGUCUAAUAUAAUGUUCCCAUUGUUACUCGUGUUACUGGUCUCCAUCGCCCAUCAACCCAAGCAAACAUGGUCGAUAGAUUACUGCACAUGCGCCACUCAACCACAUUGAUUGACAGAACUGGCACUACAACAGGCGUCACAUAAUGCCCGUUCCACAUUUAUUUAUUUAUUUAUUUAUUUAUUUAUUUAUUUAUUUUUAUUUUUUGGAAAAAAAUAUAUUUUAUUGUUUAGGCAAAACUGUACAAGAGAGUGAUGGGGGAACCUCCAGAGUAUAUUUCCCCCCACAAUUGAAAUUCGUCCUUCCUCGGAAGCCUCCAAAGGCCCUCUGUAUUUGUGGAUCCCUUUGCUUAGGCUUCCGCCCGCAAGGAAGUAACAGACUCCACCUCAGGGAAGCCAACUUUGGGGGUGGGGAUGGGACCUCUGUGACUUUCGACAGCAAAAAUCCAACAGAUGCUUUCUUUCUGCAUCACUGUCGUUACUACACUGGGGAAAAGGCAGUCACACCACCCCUCCAAAUUAAACAAUUGCAUCCAUGCCAAAAGGGCAGGGAGCCAGUUUUGGUCUAAUGUUACUAAGACGGCUACUUAGCCCAGAAAAGAGCCCAUUUUGAUCUUUGGGUAGUUAAAAAUGCAGGUGAGUGGGACAUUCAGUGUUAUAACAGACUCUGUGAUGCUUAGGAAUAAAAGGGACACCAUAGCCCACUCCGGGAGAUGAGUGUUCAAAAAGCAUAAAGAAAAAUAGGGGGAAACGGAACCACGAUUUUACCACAUUACUUAUCCUUUUAUGCAUGUUAAGACAUGAGAAAUCUUGAAUAUGCACCUUGAAAUAUCCUGUGUGUAUAUUCUUGCCCAGACAUCUUAAUUAACUCUCCAUUUAACUUCACCGCCACCAAAGUAGCCAAAGGUUAGUCUUCUGCACAUAUUUGGGAGCAUAACCUAUUAAACUCAGCAAGACUUGCUCCCAAGUAAACAUUUAAUGGGCAUGGGCUGGGUGCGGAUGCUUUAGUUCUGUCAGGGCGUAGUUUGGGGUUUACAACAGAAUCCUCAGAAACAUUACCCAAUGACAAUUCCCAGAAUGCUUUGGGGAGGGAGCCAUGACACUUCUGUUGGUAAAGCCUUGCUUCAGAUUUGCAGUGGCAAUUCCCUGAGACUUAGGGGAUCAUCGCAAUGACAAAUCUCAAUCAUGGCUGUACCAAUGGAAGGAUCCCCCACCCCAGCCAAUGAACUGAAAUUUGGGGUUCUCCAUUCUUCCAGCAUGCCUGGAAAAUCUAUGAUCCUUCCAAACUCCCGUCAGCCAUGAUGGGGUCACAGCCUAACAUCAUGAGGGCUGUAGGAUCUCGUGCCUCCUCACUCCCUUCUGCCAUUCUUUCUCUGUUUACAUGCCUCCGUGUGCCUCUUAAAUGCUUUUGUUCUCCCCUCCAGCUCACCUAUGCUUCCAUGUGGGCCAUGGGCUUUUUAUUUCAACACCACCGUGGUAGGGCCGUGGGACAGAGCUGGGAGCAGGUUAGACCCUGCCAUCUCAUAGCCUCCAGCAGGAGAGACGCAAACAGCAAAAGCUUCCCGUUUGCUCCUGUGGCUGGGCAUGUUGGGUGCGCACAUGCACCGUAUUCCAGUGUAGGGUGAAGAAAGCGCAGGGGCGCAUAAACCACUCCACGAACAGCACUGGUGCACCUUUUUAAGAGUCUCACAAGGGGUGGAAAUUGCCACAGUGGUGGUUUCCAUUACAGGUACAGUACAGCAUGUUGGGACCUUCUGAAAUAUUAAGCCUGCCGCAAAAGAGUCUCAAAACCUGCGUCUUAAAUGGUGUAUAAACUGGGCAGGGCUGCCAACCGGCUAGUCAGGUGAGCGGUAUUAUUUAGCACAGUUGUUCCCAAACUUCUGCACCUGUUUGUUAGAUGUUAAGGUGCGCACCGGAAAAAAAACAAACCAAAAAAAUUAAAAAUGGGGAAGAGCCACCCCCCAAUCAUUGGUACCAAAUAACAACCACCAGAAAUGUGAAUCUAGCUCGCUCAUUUUAUCAUACUCAUAAGUGUGCCAUUCAGGGCCUUUCCUGGCACUGCUUUAGUUGUUGUUAAAAAAAUUAAGAGGUGCCAGUACUCAAAAGAAAUGCUGAGGGUGCCAGAACAAAAUGGCUGCCACGGGCAUCCAAAAAUAAAAUAAAUGACAUGACGGUGCUCUGUACUGAUGAGCACUGUCACACACAAAAAGCACUGCUUCUAGCUAAUCUGGAUGGGACGGCAGGAGAACCAGGAUCUGGAAAUCUCCUUCCAUUGCCAUCUUGUUUUGUAUAGGCACACCAGAAAAGCCAAAUAUUGGAAUGGAGGAAUGUUGUGUGAAUCCUUCCCCAGUCACACAGACCGUUUUCCCAGUCACAUACUAAACCACCCCCUCAUCCCACUUGCCUCACCUGGUAAAAUAUAGAAGUUACAAAACAUACAAUCACACAGAAAUAAUUAAGCCCACCCCCACUAUUAUUGUUAAAAAGGAAAAAAAAUACUGUGAGAGAAAAAAACCUACACAUCUAGUUUGGCCUUAAGGCUGUAACUUAUGUUGUCAAUUCAAGUAGAUCCAAUUGGAAUUUGUGUGCGGGAACUGUUUCAACAUGGGUGUCCUAACCUCAUUUAUCUUUCCUCGUGUUGGCAGACAACCAGCCAUUGUUUUAGGAUUACCACUUAAAAGAGAAAAUCAAAACCAUAAGGAAUAAGCUGCAGGGCCUGGUUUUGUUUUGUAAGGAAGAAACAGAACAGGUACAUCAGUCAGAAAUUGACCAAGUGGCAAUCCUAACCCCUCGGCCUAAGAAACAAAAUGGCUGCCAUCAGCCACCAAGGACCAGAACAGAGAUUAAAUGUUGUGCUAGGCAAAUUGCUCGAAACAACUUUGUAAGCAGCUUCAUGUGGAAAGCUGUGUGAAAUGGUUUCUCUUAUGGUUCAGGUGCUUUCACCAGACAAAACUAUUCCAACCCCCUCCACAGUGGACAUUGGCAUGGUGAAAAAAAACCCCAAAUAAGAGCGGUUCACAAAAAUGUAUUGGUACGUAAGCCACAUUGGUACUUCCGCCACAUAACAUUUUGAGCUUUCCCACACACACUGCAGUCUGGUCUGAAUGAUGCAAAGCGUGGUUUGGUCUGUGUGUGGGCUUGUAUAGAUACCCAGCAAACAGGUGUGUGUGUGUUUUGGGGUGAACCAGACUUUCCUCCCCACUCAUUUCCUCCUCCUUUUACCCAAAUGAAUCCCAGGGCAGAAAUUGUCUUCAAUUUUAUAGAAGAAAAAUGAUGAUAAUAAAAGCAAAGGCAAUCUAGAGCAAGAAAACAAAACAAACCCAAAACAGAACAAGUCAAAACGGCCAGUCAGGGUGAUGAACCCCAAUAUCCUCAGUCAAAGGGAAUGGGGCAGGGAGGCUUUUUUUGAGGGGGUGUCUCACAGCACUGUUCUCCCCCCCAAAAAAACCCCACACGGCACACAGAGGUAGCAGGUUCAAAAGGUCUCUGUCCCAAGACUCUAUUGGUUUCUUGCGCCAUGAGGUAAUAAAGCUAUUGGACUGACUAGCAUGGAGCCCUCCCUGCGAGCAAGGGGGAGAGCAACUUGAAAAGUCUUAUGUGGGUUUCCAUUGCUCCUAAUGGGUCUCUCGUGCCAUCAGGAUUUGCGCCUGUCGCACCCAAUGUCCACCCGUGGGUCUGAAUCCCUUCGGCUUUGGCAACUUCCACAAGCAGGCCUUUCCUCCGUCCUUUGGACCAUUCUUUGUCAUCUUUUGCAAUCCGAUUGCCGUUAUCCACAUUCCGUCUUUCGAGUCUUAUUUUGGUAUCUUCUCAUGUCCAAAUCCUCUUUUCUGAUCCAAGUCUUGUGAACAAGUGCCGCUGAAUGCGUGAUUUCUUCUCUCCCCCCCCCCCCCAAUCUAUUGGAUCUUUUCUACUUUAUAAUCCUUUCCCACUAACUCUUCUAAUUUCCCUCUUUCCAGCCUGCAAUCUCUUUGUUAGUUCCCAACUCUUUCGAGUUUCAAUAUUCCUGCCCUUCAGAUUUGUCUUCCUUAGUUCAUAUUCUCUUGCCGGGAGAUUUUAGCUUAUCUCCCUACCAUUUCUGCUUUCGCACUGUGUUUCAUUCCCACCUCUCACUACUUUUGAUAUCGCUCUCUCCUAUUUCAUAUUUCUCACCCACUAUCUGCUCUUGUGCACUUGGAUCCAUUCUGUGUGGUUUUUACUAGAUUUACUUUACUAGAUUUUCCUUGUCUCCCUCCUCAGCUUCUGCCUCUCAUUCAGGCCAUUCGCUUCCCAAACAAAACUAUUUACACACUCAUACCAUUUCUUUCCAUCACAGUGGGGGAAACGCCUUACUCAAUUCUGGAUAAAACGGUCCUUUGAAAUAUAAACUAUACUAGCUUCCCAAGCAUCACUAGCGACCCCUUUGGGCUGGAAUUCAUAGGAGCAAAGGGAGGGAAGGAAAUCAAUGAAGAUGGGAUACUGGAAAAAUGCUUUUGGUUUGUUCAAAUCCUCCAUAUUUGAAUUGGACUAAAGGAAAAAUGGAAGCAUCGAGUGAGCUUUUCUGCACAAAUCAGGAUUCUGGAGCAGGUGGUAGUUGCACAACAAUGAUACUUCCUAUUUUGUUCCCAAACCUCCCCUCGUAUCUGUCCCUUCCUUUGAAAGACUAUUGCGCUGCCAGAGCAUUUAACCAGAAUACGCUGUCCCUGGCAAAAUGCAAUUUCCCUGGCUGGUACUGUAGCACUUUCCUUGUUUUUCCACCUUCAGUUUAUCCAUCCCUUGCAGAUCUGCCACAGAGAUGCAGAGGAUUCUGGGAGUGUUCCUGGGGCAUCUGAUCAACCCACACUCAAUCAAGCCAUCACCAGAUGUGAAUUGAGAGAACAUACCUUCAACCAAGCAUGCUGUCUUCUCCCAACACUCUUUUGACUGGUGGUGAUGGUGGGCAGAUUCCCUUUCAAGGACACCCAUCCAUCAGGACCUACUUUCCAGCCACAGGGGCUUCAAACCCCAUUUUAAACCAUACAUUACAUUAAGUCCCAUCAAUUAACCUGGUGGAUUUUUAAAAAAACAAAAACUGCAAGAAGGACUCUUCCCAAUAAAAAAGCCCCCUGAAGCAAUUUCAGUAAUGGAAGUUUUUCUUCCAAGGCAAGCAGACAUUUUUGGGUGUGGCGGGGGAUUUUUUGGAACUGCUCCACAUGUCCGUUUUUAAAAGUGAAGAAAUGAAAUGGUGCAUUUAACAUAAUUUAUAGUUUGUCCCAGAUACACAGCAUAUCUAUUUAAUGGGAAGGGAUACUGCUAUGCCCAACCUGUAUCUCCACCAUUCUGUAAACUCCCUUUAAAAAAUAUAUUUAAAGGUCAUUUUCUCCAUUUUGAACGAGAUUAGGGCCUGCACAAAUAUCACACAAAGAGGACUGUGACAUUCACCCGUUCCACAUUUAUAAGAACUGGGUCUUCACCUCCACUUUGGAACUCCCUGCCUAUUGAGAUCAAGCAGGCUUCAUUGUACUCUUUUUGGCAUCUGCUAAAAUAUUCUUGUUUAGAUAAGUCUACUCAAUUAUUUUAAACUAGGGUUGUGACUUUUUUCUUAAUUUUAUUGUUUUAUCUUUUUGUAAAGCACUUUGAGGUUUACAAUCAAGUGGUUUUAUGAAAUAAAAUACCGUACUUUUCCGUGUAUAAGACUAGAUUUCCCCCUGAAAAUAAUGUCCAAAAUUUGGGGGUGUCUUAUACAUGGGAGCCAUCCCCCAUUUUCUUAAAUCAGAGUCCCCCAAAAUAGGGGAAAUCUUAUACAUGGGGGCAUCUAUAACAGGAGUUGCAGUCCACAUCUGCAGGGCCACAGGUUUCCCACCCUUAUAUUAGGAGAUAAUUUGUUAUACAAUUAGCGUAAUGCCAACUUCAAACCACUUUGUGAUGUUUGGAGGAGUGUGGGAAAGGGAGGCAUUGUUUCAAAGUUAAUUGAUUAAUUAGCACAAUACUGACAUUCAAAGUUAUUACUAAGCAUUUCAUCGCUAAACCUCUCCUGAUUUGCUGUCUCUCAAGAAUAAUAAACCGUAUCACACCUCCGUGCAUCAUAACGUCUGCCAUUUAAUAUGUUUCAUUUCAGCUCUAAAUUUCUAACAUUUCCCCCUUUUCCUCUUUUAAAAUUUUAAGCAACAACACUUUCAUCAGAACUGAGCGAAUUGAUUGAUGAGAGUCCAAAGCCGCGAAUGGGACAUGAUUAUGAAUGUAAGUCUUGUAACAUAUUGUUGCGUGCCACUCCAAUCCCUGCACGGUGUGAGAUCCAAGGUCUUCCAGAUUCUCACCCAGGGUUCAUGUUUCCUUUGGGAAUGAGGCUUAGCGGAGACUGUGGUGUCUCUAUGAUUUAUUUAGAAAUACAUAUGCAACCCGAUCCUACAAUGGGGGGGGAUCACAGCAUUAAAAACCCAAGAGGAUCUGGUUUCUCGCAUAUCCACAGCCUUGGAUUCCAAACAGAAAUAAUCAAACAGUGUUCUCAAUUGUUGCUCUGACUCUCUCUCCAGCUUGCUCCUUUUCCCUCUGGCUCACUCACUGAACUCUCAACUCUUGCCUUUGUCUUUUUCCUAAAUACCCUCUCACAGAUCCACUUUGUUUUCCUUAAUGGCCCAUCACCUGGACUAUCACCUCAACACUGGAAACUAGCCAGACUUAUAUUUUAACACUUGCUGGAUCCAGGGGUUAGAAAGGUCUCUGCUUACAGCCUACUUCCCCCCACCCCAAACUUAUAUUCUUCUCUAGGGUGAUCAGUUCUCCUGAAUCUCAGACCCUAAACAUCAGGGAGCAGAGCUUGAAAGCUAGGGAGCGGUGCCUCACAUAGCAGUGGUGGCCCUCAGUGAUUUUCUCUUAUGAGCUUUCAAGCCUCUCCUAAUUGAUCUCAAGUAUAAAAGGAAUAUCAGAAGCGCCUUGCUGAACCUGUCCAAAGACCCUUUGAGUCCAGAACAGCACUCUCCACUUGCAAUUCAUGUUAUAUUUGAGCUUUCACAUGAUCUAAAAGCCACUUCCAGAGUUAUAGUGGAAUAUGGUGCAAGUUUAGCAUUUGUUUCCAUAUUUUUUGCAAACAGAUUUUUUUCUGGAAGCAAAUAAGACAGAAAUGGGCACUAAACUUGCACUAUACUCCUCUACAGUUCCAGAAGUGGCUUUUGUGAAAGCUCACAUAUAAUACAGAACUUUACAGUUAGGGAACAGCAUAUCCCUCAACCGUCCCAGGAAAUGAGAAAUCCUGUUUUUUCUCAUGAGCAUGGCAAACAUUUUGGGCACUGCAAUAUUGCUUGAUUUCGCACUGCAAUUUUCCCCUAAGAAAAGUUUCUAUUUGGGGGGGAGGCAAUCUCUUUGGGGCACUGUGCCCUAAUAAAGUGUUUUUUCAGGACUGCAAUCUUGCACAGGUCAUGUAACUUGUGCAGAAGUGCAGCCCUGGAAGAUGGUGUCCCAGUUUUUUGUCAUGACAUGUUGGAGGGUAUGGAACAGCUGUUAAAACGGAAUUAACUGCCAUGUGAAAGCAGGCUGACUACCAUCAGUCCCAGCCAGAAUGUUCAUUUUUGGAGGCAGCCAACUUCUGAACUUCCAUUUUCUGGGAAAUCACAAGUGCAGAGAGGACUGUUUGUGGGCUUCCCAUAGGCAUCUGCUUACCACUGUGAGACCAGGAUGCUGAACUAGUUGGGCCUUUGGCCUGAUCCAACAGAGCUCUUCUUAUGAACGUAGGAGCUGCAUUCAAACAUCAUCUGGAGGGCACCACUUUGCCAGCUCCUCCUCCUUUAAAUAGAUGGGCGACUGCAUAGCUAGAUACAUGCCUACUGCACUUUCUGUGCUCUCAGACAUCUCUAAGCUUUACUUUACUUUUCAAGCCAUUGGCUAAUGUUGUCUCUCUUUCCUUUGCUCAGUGUUCCCAUGCAAUCCUGACACUAGAGAGUGGGAAUACCACAGUGGAAAAUGCUACUACUUCUCCCUGCAGAAAACUAACUGGAUGCAGGCCAGGGAUGAUUGCGCUGUCAGAAAUUCAAAGCUGGUUGUCAUUGAUAGUAUGCCUGAACAGGUAAAAAGAAAGGAAACGGCCAGGGCUGGUGUGCUGGAGUUGGAGGAAUCAGGGAAAGUUGGGGGAAACCAUUGCACCCAGAGGGAUUGGGGGGCUUAGUUGCCUCAGUCCAACUUACUUGGCAUGCAUCUCCCGAUCACAGCCAGGCUACAGUUUCCAAACUGGGCUCCAGAGAACCUGGGGUUUUCCUGAAUGCUUAUCAGGGGUUCCUCAAAAAGAAAAUUGUGGACAAACGUCUCUGAAAGUCAGUUUGACCGCCACUACGGAUGUUCCCCUGUAUCAACAUACUGUCCAUGGUUGGCCCAGUGGAUGUGUUUCUGUACACCUGUACCUGGCUCUGAAUGCCUUCAAGAUUUUCCAGUGAAUUCAACUUGGGAGGAUUUGCCUCUUCCUUGAUAAACCCAUCUAAUGGCUACUCGUGCUCCAUGCUGUACUGUGCUUUUCAACAUAGAAACCUAGGAAGCAGCCUUAGAUCACGUCAGACCAAUAAUCCAUCUAGUUCAGGAUUGUCUACAUUGACUCUCAGCGGCUCUCCAUGAUUUCAGGCAGGAGUCUUUCAGCAGCUCGACCUGAAGCUGCCGGGUGAUGGAUCCCAGGACCUUCAGGAAGCAAUGCAGAUGCUCUGCCGCUGAGCUGCAACUCUUCCCGCCAGGUUCUGUGCUGGAGUGGCCUUGAGUGGCCAGCCAUGCUCACCACAAAAUGUUGCCACAUGGCAUGCUUUCAGAGGGCCAGCCAGCCAGGAAGCUGCACCCUCUGCCAGGAGCCUCCAGUCCAAUACUCCCUGACACCCAGCUUUCAUUUCCUGCACACAAACAGCCAGGCAGUGUUUCACUGAGCAUUCUCAGAUCUCAUUGAGCUGUUUUGGUUUUCUCCCCCGCCCCCCGACAAAAUGUACUUCUGCUAACCUUAGGGACCACCACCAGUCUGUUGAUGCACAUGGGUCAUACUACUUUGGCUGCAUAAAGCUCUAUGCUGAUGCAGUACCCGUGGCAGAACUGAACCCUGUGGAACCCAACACAGCAAUGGCCGAGAAACUGAUUCUGGAUCCUCCUAAACGUCAUCUUCCAACAGAAAGUCCAUGUACUCUCAUGGCCAUAUUUAUCUGAUUUUUCUUUCUCAUGCAGAAUUUCCUUAUGACCCGGACCAGGAAUGACCGUUAUUGGAUGGGCCUCACGGACAGAGAUGCUGAAGGACUGUGGAGAUGGAUUGAUGGCAGCAGUUACUACUCGGGCUUCACGUAAGCACUGAGCAGUUGUCAUCCCUUUUGUUAUGCAGCUGGCAUCAAGUGCGGUCAAAACAAAUUUGGAAAUGGCAUUCUCUUCUCAAAUUCUGCCAGCGGGAAUUCUCACAUGACUGAUGUUCUUUCAAGCAUAACCUCACCAAAAGCUUCCUUCUACAGUGACUGUUCCCAGCCUUGGGACCCCAAAUGUUGGACUACUGUCCCCAUCAUCCCCAGCCAGCAUAGACAAUGGUCCAGGCUGAUGGGAUUUGUAGUCCAACAACAUAUAGAGACUCAAGGUUGGGAAAUGCUUUUCUAAAGGGUCAAACUCUACAUCCCCUUAAGUAUGUCCUUGGAUCCUUUUUUUCAUUUUUGAACUAAAAUCCACCAUAGAUGCUCUGAAAAAUAGUCCUCAUGGACUGCCUACAGCAAGAUAUGGCAGUGAAGAUGGUUUCAGUGAGAAAAUGGCAUAAGGGGGAAGCGUGGAGCACUGCAAUCCUGUUCAAACACAGGGGCACAAUGCAAGAACACCACCUCUCCAAUAUAUUUGUGACUAAUAGCCAGAGGACUUGGAUCAGUUCUGUUGCAUGAUUAGACCUCUCAGGCACUAUGACCCCAGUCCAAAUCUCUCUUCCUGCACCCCACCCAAACUGCUUUUUGGCCAUGAAAAAGACAUCAAGAGGGAAGUCUAUCAAAUUCUGUAUAUCUUGGAUUUUCGAUAUUUUUCAAAGUAUUUAACAUUCAAUGCAGGUACUGGAAGCCAGGGGAACCGAAUAACAGUGGGAACGAAGACUGUGCGCAUCUCUGGGGUUCUGGGGAAUGGAACGAUGUCUACUGCAGCUACCUGUGCUACUACAUCUGUGAGAAGCCCGUGCCGAGCGAGAAGCAGGGCAGGGGGACCUAAGCACUUUGGCGGAACCUCACCCAGGCAGGCAUCCGAGGCUCAAUGGCCAGGCGCUGUGGGAUUUCCUCACACAGAAAUGUCACUUCCCUAACGUAAUCAAAGAGGUGCUCUAAAGAUAACUUGAGUUUAAAAACCAUUUGACUACUUUUUGGUUAACUCCUGGCUGACGCUGAAGAUCCCUGCUGACUACUGUAUUCAAGAUUUCUGCUCUUUAAUUAUUUUGGCACCUCAGCAGCAGCUAUGCCAAAUGGAUUUGAUAGGCUUUCAGUCUGUAUACCUUGAAGCUUGGCUUGACACUGAAAUAAAACCCCAAGUGGGUGACGCUUGGUCCCUCACUCUGCCUGAGUUCUGGAACACUGAGGUCCACUGUGGGCAUGUGGGAAGGUAAUUGUUUAGCAGCCUUUAAAUGUGUAUGUUCACCAGUAGACCAGUCCAGUGGGUAAAAAACAACAAUAGCAGCCCAAAGCACCACCAUGUGUGUCACACAGGGCCCUGUCAGCAGUGUGUGGUGACAGAUGGCACCCAGCAAAACAUCACUACACAUCUUUUUUUUUCUUUUUCCUUUUUUAAAAAGAUCCACAGUUAGCUAAUAUUUGAUUUUAUAUGGGAUUUUCUUACCCUACUGCAUUAUCCACUGAUCAAACACCUGAAUUAAAUAUGGGAGGGGAGAAUGCAGGCUGCCACUUGGAUGAGUAUAACAUUGUGUGGGCAGUGUGAAAAACAAGUAUACCUGGAAUAUAUCAGAUCCACUUUAAACUGUCUGUGUACACAAUCCUGGCAACACUGGAUCCUUUGCUUGGGACUCUGCACAGAUUUUCCUUUAUGAGAAGACACUGAGAGGGCUGAUUUAGAUCAAGAUCUCAGUGGGGGAAGGGAGAGGCUCCCUCUCACACAAACACCCCCCAUCCUGUCCUUCAGUGGUGUCUUUGGGAGGGUUUUAGGCAGGGGACAUUCACUGCACUACCUGAAGAUGCCGGGGAUUGAACAGGUAAUUUUCUGCAUACAAAGCAAAUCCCCUCUCACUGGACCCAUCAUCCCAUUAGAGCAGUUUUAAGAAGGACAAUCCUGAUUGCCCCACCACUUGCUUUUAACAAGGACAACAGGAUUUGAAUCUCCUGUUCCUUCCCAUUAUGCCAAGGUAGUGUGUGAUGAGAACAGGACUCCAGAGGAGUCCAUUGUGUGUCCUGGAACUUGCUCUCUCUGUUCCAAAGCUCCACAUGGUAGCCCAUGAAGGUGAUGUCUCUUCCUCAUUUCAAAUGCCUCAGACACAGUUUGUGGAGCCAAGCCAUUCAAGUACCAAGGUACCACUGUUCUAGACUUAGAAAGUCAUGAUCAGUGCUUUUUUUUCCUUUAAAAAAUGUUUAGGGGUACUCUCAUUUUCCUACUCAUAUUGAAAUACUGCCCCUCAAUGAGGCCAAACUUAGAUUCACAAAAUGUUUAGGGGUAUGCGUACCCUUGCAUCCCCCCGGAAAGAAAAACCACUGGUCAUGACAAUAUUUUUGGUUGGCACGCAUAUUUAUGGUAUGAAAAGGUGAAAGUUCAUAAAGGAUUUACAAAUCAUAUAAUUAGGAAAAAAUUCUAUAGAGUAUGGGAUAAAUACAAGAAUUUAUUAGAGGUAAAAACACCACUUUGGCUCUCACCAUUGGAAGCUAUAGCAGUAAAGAAAUAGAACAUGAUAGAAGGGUGGACAACUUAUAGAAAUUUAUUAAAACGAGGGAGGAGAGUAUAAAUUUAAAUAAUUUAAGGAAUUAUCAGGGAAAUUAACAACAUGGAUACAAUAUCAUUUGAAUGAAGUAUUUAAGAAAGAUAGGAUAUGAGGAUUUGGGGAAUAAAUAUCACAACUGGAGAGAGACCUGUUGGAAUGGAAUGUAAAAGUGCUGUUUAAAAGGUAUAACAUAUUAUUGGAAUGGGAGACAAAGGAUGAGCAGGUAAAAUCCUAAUGACACAUUGAGUGGUCUUUCUUUUAAAGCAGGAUUUUUAUCCAAAGAUUCAAAGGUCCUGAUCUGAGACUAGCUGACUGCCGUGAGAUUUAACUUGCUACCCAGAGAAUAAAUCCCCAAACCUCAGUACUAGAGCCAAUUCCUGAGCCCUAACGAUCCUAAAGAGGCAACAGACAUCUCUGUGGGGAAUAAGGGUCGUUUCACCCCCUGGCUCUGUGCCCACUUCAUUCCAUCUGAGUCACUGUGUUUUCUGAAAGAGCAAUACACAAAAUGGAGGCACCUCAAGUCAUUCAGACUCCCAUCGUUAGCAGGCAGGCAAUACAGUUCUUUGUGGGGGCAGGGAUUAAUAGUGGUUUCAAUGUUCAGUUAAUCAAAGCUUUGUGAUUUUGAUAAACUGGGGCAGGGCCUUAAAAGACAAAGAGAACAAGCCAUUUUAUAAGGAAAGGAUGAGUAAGACGUUCUUGGGUGUUUGCACUUUUGGAGUCAGCACUUUCCAAAUAAAUUUUCAUGCUGCAGUUAAGGGGAAGUGAACAUGUGAUUCCAAUGCAGGCAUCGUAAGGGAAGAGUGGAGAAGAUGCAUGGUUGGGGGUACAGGUUGAAACUUUGGGGAGGGGGCUGCAGGGCUCAACACCCCCUCCCCUGCCCAAGCAGCAGCCAUUGUUACAACAGCAGCUGUAGCACACGAGUGCCCCAUCUCUUUGAGAUACUCGCACGUGCAUGCACACACACAUGUGUCUAAGUCACCAUAGAAAACAUUAACAAAGUGUGGGGCUUAAACAAUUAUUUUAUUUAUGGCUACAGCUUUUGGUGGGAUGAUGAUGAUAAGUGGUCAGAGGGAGAAGAGGGAGCAGACUGGGAGGAGGAGGGGGCAGAAACUGAUGUUCCUUCUUAAGGAAAUUUAUUCCCUGAAACGAGGGGACUGCACGUGUCUGAAUUUCCCCUGAUCUUCCUAAGAAAUAGGGGGAGGAGAGGGAAGGAAAUAGAUCUUUAUAUUUCCUGAUAAAGUUCCUCAAUUUGCCGCUCAUAUUAUAACCCAGCAAGAGGAGAAAUUUGAAAACAAGAGCAAGAUGGUUCUACUUGGUGUUUAUGAGCAAGAGGAAGAUGGAGACCGUGUAUACCUGGCAGAGACGGAAGAAGCCAAGGCACCCAGAACAGCAGGUAAAUAUUUGGGGUGUGCCCUGGCCUCAAGAUUUAGAUCCAGAUUUGGCAAUUCAGGAGCACUCUCUCUCAUCUGGAAGCACUUUGUGGUAACAGAGUCCAGAUCUGAAUUCACUAUUGGAUCUAAGUGGUCCACUUGCUUUGGACAGAAGCUUACCAAACUGGCAGGCCUAGUCUCCCUGCUAAAGUACAGGCAUAUAUAUCCAUGGACUCAGAAAUGUGCAUAACUUAAAUUUAUGGGCAGAAGUUGAUAAAAUUUGCAGACAUUGUCCUCCUUUCCAAGGGAGAGAUGCCUGCCAAAUAGCUGCAGUGGUUCUCCCGUAAGGGAAGACUGUAUCAUUAUGGGGGGGGGGUGUCACUUUAUCCCAUAGUGUUUUAUGGGCAAAUGGUUAGAAAAUAGAUGAUAUUACUGAGCAAAUGGUUGGAAAAUAGUAGAUAUCACAGAGGAAUCAAAAUUCCUCAGGGUGAAAAACCUGCCAAAUUUCAGAUAAAUAUGUCCAUUGGCUUUUAUGACGGGAGUCUACGGCUGAUUUGGGAAAGGGGAGAAGUAAAGGGGUUUCCUUUCCUUCCAGUGGCUUUAGAGUGGGCACCACUUCAAUAAGCAGCCACGGUGAAACUGCACACUGAGCAGCAAAGUGCACACUGAGCAGCAAAGUGUUCACCUGGCUUCAGGUACCUGGUACAGGUAGUGCCAGGUAGAGGAGAUGCUAGGGCAGGAGACUGGCAGUGGCAGGUAUUUUAAGAUACAGCUGGAAGGAAGAUUUACAUGCUCAUGACUUUUGUCAAACUUUCUUUGACCAACCCGGUCUCUAACAGCAGUUUACUACUUUGCACUUCACUUGACCUGGAGAUAGGAGGUCUAAUUCAUUUAUAUUCUCACUUUCCUGGGAGUAAGCUCUAUUGAAUGCAAUUGGACUUAUUCCAAGAAAACAUACGGUGGAUUGCACUGUUAUGUUCUGGGACCUGUACCAGCAGACCCAGCUCCUGGGUCCCUGCUGCUCUGUUUAGUCAGGUUUAGUCACAGGUAGGGAUGAGGAACUCAAUUUUGUUCAUGUUUAAAGGCAAAUUUGCCUAAUUCAUUUCCACCUCAUUCAGAUUAUCACAUUUAAGUACUGCUUGAAAACUGUUUAACAUAACCAACUUGGAUUUGUAGAAUAGCCUCCAACUAACUACUGGGUCAGGACCCAAGGCGGCUAGAAAAUCCAGCUGGGACUGGAGACAACAUAUAUGAGAAUCAAAGCACAGCCAUCCUACAAAAUUUAAACGCCCCUGGAUUUUGUGGUGCAGUUCUCCAACCAGUACUUACAAAAAUGCAUCUAUUUGAGGAGAGUGUGCAUAAAAAUGAAUAUAUUAGUGAAAACAACAUACAAGAUGCAUUAUUGAGGGAAAUUGUUGUAAAAUACAUACAUUAGUGACAACUGCAUUUAAAAAUAUAUUUAAUAGGAUAAAUUCACAAUAUUAUGCUCAUGAAUCUUCAUGAGGGGUUUUUACAUAUAAAUGUGAAAUGUUGCAGAAAUGUGGAGGUGUGACUUUAAGAUUGGAACGAGAAAGUGGGAGACUGAAAGUGAGCUGUUCUUCCAUUGCUGGUAGGGAUGUCAAUGCACCCAAAGCAACACUGCUGCUUCCCAGGUGCCAAAGCUGUUGUUUCCACACUCUGUUUCAUAAUUUCCUUUAGAAAUGUCUGAUUCAUUUACAUUUUUUAAAUGAUAGCUAAGAGUCUGGGGCCCUUGCUGGCUGGGGGCCUGGAACACAUGUACCUCCCUCCUGCCAACAGCUCUCAAACACAUCAAUCCAGAACUGCUCUGCUUAAUUCACCGUCCACCAUAAACUGGGGGGGGGGGGGGGGAGAACCAACCUUUAAAGCAACAAAAACCAACAUCCCUUACAUUUCUCGUAAUUUUAGACACCCAGAGUGACCCCACUGGAUGUUACUUGAUAGCCAACUUCAUACAAUUUUGCUUGAAAUUUGUUGCUAUCUUUCUUCUUGAAGACAGAUUCUUCCUCCGGUGGAAAUGGAGCUCCUCUUUCCUGGUUUAUGGGCUCCUGGCGCUCGCUUACCUGCUGAUCAUUAUCUUGCUGGGGCUUCUGCUCUCCAAUGGUAAUUGAGGGACUCCAAAGUCUGAAACGCUUCAGUAGCAUUAUGACAAAAUGUGGGAGGGAUCCCCCCCCCCCAUUCAGACUCUCACAUUUAAGCCCAGUGUGAAAACAGUUUAAAAGAGAGCCAGUGUGGUGUAGUGGUUAAGAGCAGUAGUCUCGUAAUCUGGGGAACCAGUUCGCGUCUCUGCUCCUCCACAUGCAGCUGCUGGGUGACCUUGGGCCAGUCACACUUCUUGAAGUCUCUCAGCCCCACUCACAUCACAGAGUGUUUGUUGUGGGGGAGGAAGGGAAAGGAGAUUGUUAGCCGCUUUGAGACUCCUGAAAGGGAGUGAAAGGCGGGAUAUCAAGUCCAAACUCUUCUUCUUCUUCUUCCAAAAUAACCAGAUUGGACUUGUAGCCACCGACUGACUACUGAGUCAGGGCCCAAGGCUGCCAGAACAGGCAGCUAGUCUGUGGACAACCUGUUCAUUUCUCCCUUACCUUGAUUCAGACUGUUGGGCCACCCACCCAGCCCAGUCCUGUUUCCUUCAGGGUCUCCCUUCUUGCUUUUGGCCUUCUUGGAGCAGUGCUGUGGGGAGGCCUGCUGGAGGGAUGAGGACUUUAUUGAGGCGGCAACGCCAUAACUAGCCACAGAUGUGGUUGAAGGCCCCUCUUGCUGCCUAGAAGCAAGGCCUCUGAUGGCAGACAAGGAUGCAGAAUUCAACUGAAGAAGAAACGUGCAUAUCUGCAGAUGUGCUUUGUGAAGGGCAGCCUUUGAAGGGCCACAUGUUCUGUAUCCCUGAUCAAGAAUCUAAAUAAGUACUGGAAAUCCCACUGAGAAUAUUUUAAGUGCUGCAUGAUGUUCAAGUCCUUAUAUAUGGACAGUUCUGGGGACUAGCAGGAAGUCUCUUGGUGACAUCAUGGGCUGGGAAGCCUUUCAGUACGGCGUACAGCUGCAAAGUUGCAGAACUAUAUUUCACAGUAUAGUCGGGCAAAGGAGAGUUAGGUUUUCACUUGAUGAAGUGACUGCUCAAAAUGGCUCUUCUAGUUGAUUAUACAUGAUGACUCUCGUAUUUUUCCUGAUGACCUAGGAAAAGGAGGGAAUGAAAGGUAAACUUGAAACAUGGAAAGUGGCCACUGUGUCUAAGUCUAAGCAUGUACAGAGUGUUUUCCCCUCAAAUUACUCAGCAGGGUUUAUGUUCUAACAAAUGUGGCUUCCAGGCUGCCAGAGUCUGGCUUAUUCUGGGUUAGUUCAAAUGGAAUGAGAGAAGAGGUCUCUCCACCAUAUCUCUUUUUGCCUCAUAUGGGUAACAUUGUAUGUGUUUGUAUCUCUUCUUACAAUUUCAGAAUCAAAGUUUUCCUCAGAAGCGAAAAAGUUACAUAAACAGCUUGAAAUGAGCAAGGAGCGUAAGUGUCUUGCCAAAACCACCUGGGGCUUGCGGCUGCAAUAGCCUGGGGGAGGUGGCUCUCGCCUGGCAUUACGCCAGAGAGCCUGUUUCCACUGCAGGAGGGGCAUAAUUUGUCACCCACAAUCAUUCCUCCAAUGCCUGGCUUUAGAAGGCAGGUCUUCCCGAUCAACGUGGCAUCUUCCAGGGAAGCCUGAACUCCAAACACCUCAUGGGCCAGGAACUCUGUGAGUCCCUUGAGCUGGAGGAGCUUAGAAACAGGUGUAACUCAUGAGCUUGUGCCAUUGAUAUGCUGCAAACCCUCACAACCCCAGCGCCCUCAGGAUUACAGGGAUGAAAUGGGCUCGGCUGCUGCUGCUGCUGCUGCCUCGAUGAGCAUCGCUGCCCCCUAGAGGAGCAAAUUCCACCUUAACUAUCUACUCUGUGGAGAAGUAUUUUCUUUUGUCUCUCCUGAAUGCUCCAGCCUUCAGCUUCACGGGAUGCCCCCAUCCAGUGCUAUGCUGAGAGAGGGAGAAAAGGCUUUCUCUAUCCCCUAAAAAGCCCCACAUUGUAACUGUUCUUCACAAUUUAGAAAGCAUGCCUAUAUGAAAACAGAAAGAGUCUCUCCUCCUGGUGGGGAAGGCUGUGGAAGGAUGGCCGGAGCGUGCCCGCUCCACCUGCAGUCCAUUGGGUGAAGCCACGGUCAGGGCUUUCAUUCUGUGCCUUUUCUCUUUUGCCAGUGUUCCCAUGUGGUUCCAGAAGCAGGGAAUGGGAAUACUUUGACGGUCGGUGUUAUUACUUCUCCCUCCGGAAGGCUACUUGGCACACGGCUAAGUCACUUUGUGCAGAGCGCAAUUCAAGCCUGGUGGUUAUUCAUGAUGAGGCCAAGCAGGUAAAGGUGCUGGAGUCUUGGCUGGGGUGGGGAUUUGUUGCCUCUUCAGUGAAUUUUUGGAAAGCUAUAAUGCAUUUUGUUAUGCUAUUUUUACGAAUAUGUGCAUUUAUGUGCAAAUAUUACCCUAAUAGAUGCUUUUUUUGUACUUGGUUGGAGAACUGCAUUGCAAAAUUCAGAGAAAUUCAAAUGUUGAAUGAUGGCUUUGCUUAGGUUCACAUAUUGUUUUGGAAGGUGCAAAUUAGAUAAGAUCAUCUUUAAAUGCAAGCUGAACAGGCAGAGAAAACAGUACAAAACACUUCCUGCAUGUGAUGUUUCAGCUGCUGGUGAUUGACAGCGAUUUCAGUUUCACCCUGAGUGAAAGACCAGCCAGACAGUGAUGGUGGCCACUUAUGAAUCACCUACAAAAAUGAAACAAAGUAUCAAAAAAGAGGAGAGUUACAUAAGAUUUACAUAUGAAUAUGUAUAGAUAUAUAGAUAAACACAAAUAUAGAUAUAAUGGCUUCAGUUUAAAUAGGAAUACAAUACCCUCUCCCCUGGGUCUGCCUGCUCAGUCCUCUGUCCCAGGGCUGCUAAAUGUAGACGGGCAGCUUGAAGAUCUUUGCUCUCCCUUCUGCAUCUUUAACCUGUAUUUGAAAUAGAGAACUCUUUCAAACAGAGAACUGUUAUCUGUAAAGUAGGCCAUGUGGACACUCUGUAGAUAUUUAGUGGCAAGUGUGGCUCUGGAAAUCCAGGUUUGCUGAUCAAGAUGCUUCCUGACUAGGGAAGGCAAGCCCAGAGCAGGGACUCAUGCAGAGAUACAGGGAGCAUCUUCCUCAGAGGCAGGGAGCUUUUCUGUUUUUCUUCAUUGGGAUUGAUUUGACGAGAUGUGGCCCCACCCCCAGUGAAAGCAGAUUGGUUGGAAGUACAUCUUAGUACUGAAUCAUGCACUCAGCAAUCCUAUACCCUCAUCUUGGGGGUAAGCCCCACUCUGAACUCAGUAGGACUGACUUCUGAAUAGACAUGUCUAGGACUGCACUGGAAGAGGGGCAGUCAUCCAGAUGGAUGCUGAGGUACAGAGGGAUCCUUAUUUUUUGCCUGGAUUAACUGAUCCCAGCUCACAGGAAUCAUUCUUGAUUUUACAUAACCUACUGCUGUACUGAGCCUACAUUUUGUGAAUGAAAUUACUCUUCUAAUUUGUGUUGGUGAUUGUGAAUAUGGAACCAGAGCAGCUUCUCCAGCUUGAUACCAUCUUCUCCUUUUUGGUCUUGCAGAAUUUCCUAGAGUCUCGAACCAAGAAUGAGCGUUAUUGGAUUGGACUCACUGAUAUCAAUGAAGAAGGGCAAUGGAGGUGGAUUGAUGGCAUCAGUUACUUAAACAACUACAAGUAAGACAGAGGACCAUGAACGUCACCACUUCGCCCAUCAAGCCAAGCCCUUGCUGUGUCCUGUGACCCAGCAAGUACUUGGCAAGGCUCCUGUUUUGGCCAUCCUGGGAAGACAACAGAGACGGGAGCUUUGCUGAGCCCCUGGUCUACAGUGUUUUCUUUAUCCCAGGAGUAGCUAAACAGUCCUUGGCCUGGUGACCCCCCUUGACCCCUUGACCCCCCCUUCUGCUGCACCCCACUCUCUCUCACACCACCUGCAAAUUGCCUUGAGAGUUGGCAGACCUUUCUGAGAGGCUCACCCUUCCUGAUUUAUACCACCAUCAUAGCAAAUUCCUCCAAGCAACCUCAAAGAUUACUCAGUCCACAUUUUUACUCUGGAUCAGCAUCUCCCUAUCCCCAUAACUUCUCUCAUGUAUUUGUUCAUGUGUAGGAACCCAAAUUCAUAGAACUGGGCAGACUCAGGGAAUUGUUUCCUAUUUUUUUAAAGGGGGAAUCAUAGAAUUGUAGAGUUGGAAGGGACCCCAAGGGCCAUCUAGUCCAACCCCAGCUGAUGGGAGCUGGUGGCCAAUCACAUCUGGAAUGCACCACAUUGGUUAGCCUGCUCCAGCUUGACAGAAUAGGAGCAGCUGCCACCAGCCGUGGAUGGGAAGAGAAACAACAAUGGCUGAGGUGGGAGCAGGGAACCAGCAGCCUGUAGACAGUUUCAGGUGUGGGGCACAUAAGGGGCAAACCUUGGCUGAAGGGGGCUUUGAAGGCACUAACCACUGGCCAUGCCUGCAAAGUCCCUUGUGCAACACUUCCCAAGCAUGCAGAUCAUCGGGUGUUUGGGGGGCUCUGGACAAAGUGCUUAGCAAGCCCAAGGUUCAGUGUUUCCCAAACACAGGGCCUGCAAAGCUCUUUGCAUAGCACUUCAGGAAGCACCGCAAAAAGGGGCUUUGCAAGUUCCUUUGGAGAGGAGGGAAAAGCUCCAUUUCUAAAAGGAGCAUUUUUGUUAUUUCCAAAGGAAGAGGUUUGUAUUCCAGGUGCUCCUUGCAAUGGUUUCAAUACAAGCUGCUUUCCCUGCAGGGGGUGGGGGGUGCUGCUGCUUCGGAGCAUUGUUUCCUCCACAGAGGCUCCUUCUAACCAACCACCAGCUGCUUGUCAGUUAAAGGGAGCCUCUUUGAUUGGUUGUGCCUGGGUGGGAUGCCUUGAAUUGCAUGGAAGAAGGGAGUGAGAUAAGCAACACAAAUAAGCUAGUGACUGUGUCCAAAGCCGCCCAAGUAAAGAACGGAAAAUAGAGAAGGAAUAGCUUGGCAGUUCUAGUAUUGGGGGCAGAGGGGGAGCAGAGGAUGGUGUGGCUAGAGAAGAACUCUUGCCAGGUUCUUCAGGGUAUCUUAACUGCCUUCCUCGUUUAGGAAAUGGAGACAAGGCGAGCCCAACGACCAUGAAACCAAGGAAGACUGUGCCCAGAUCCAUGAGGCUGGGGAAUGGAAUGAUGUGCCCUGUAACUUUCAAAGCUUCUAUGCAUGUGAGAAACCUUUGCCUUCCUGA